CAAAGAGUAUUCUUGAGCUUGGUUUUUUCAAACCGGCCCCAAGUUCCGGUGUUGGUGAGCGCUGGUACCUUGGCAUGUGGUACCGAAAGCUGCCUAAUGAAGUUGUUUGGGUUGCCAACAGAGACAAUCCACUCUCCAAGCCUAUCGGAACACUCAAAAUCUUCAAUAACAACCUCCACCUCUUUGAUCAUACUAGUAACUCUGUUUGGUCAACCAAUGUGACUGGCCAAAGUCUGAACUCGGAUCUGACCGCCGAGCUUCUUGACAACGGCAACUUGGUAUUGCGAUACUCCAGUAACAACGAGACAAGUGGAUUUUUAUGGCAAAGCUUCGACUUUCCGACGGAUACAUUACUCCCUGAUAUGAAACUGGGUUGGGAUAAGAAUUCGGGUCUAAAUAGGAUAUUACAAUCAUGGAAAGGCUUUAAUGAUCCUUCAACUGGCGAUUACACUUACAAAGUAGAAAUCCGUGAGCCUCCUGAGAGCUACAUACGGGAAAAGGGUGAGCCAUCACUCCGAAUUGGUCCGUGGAAUAGUGUAAGUGACAUUAACGUGAUUGGAAAAUUGACGCACGGAACCGAAAACAUUACUAUGAAGAGUGAGGAAAUCAGCUAUUCAUUUAGCGUAACUAACGGUAACGUUUUCUCGAUACUGAGGAUAGACGGUACCGGAGUAUUGAACCGGUCCACAUGGAUCCCAACUUCAGGGGAAUUGAAGUGGAUAGGGUAUUUAUUACCAGAACAAUAUGAUAUGUGCCAUGUGUACAACAUGUGUGGUCCUAAUGGUCUCUGUGACAUAAACACCUCACCAAUUUGUAACUGCAUCAAAGGGUUUAAGGCGAGACAGCAAGAAGGGUGUGUGCGGAAGACACAGUCGAGGUGCAAUGGUGAUCAAUUCUUGAAGUUGCAGACCAUGAAGCUGCCAGAUACAGUAAUGUCAAUUGUAGACAUGAAACUUGGGUUGAAGGAAUGCAAGAAGAAGUGCUUAGCGAAAUGCAACUGUACAGCAUACGCGAACGCAAAUAUGGAAAAUGGUGGAUCAGGUUGUGUUAUUUGGGUAGGAGAGCUACUCGAUAUCCGGAAAUACAAGAAUGCUGGUCAAGAUCUUUAUGUUAGACUUAGGAUGGAAGCCAUUGAUAUCGGUUAGUUUCUCCCUCCAAAAACUACAUACAAAUCUAACUAAUUUUAUAAAAAAAAAAAAAUAUU